UGCGUAUACAACGCUCGUUUUCCUAUGGCGGAUUCUGUGGACGUACAACUUCCCCCACAACUGGGACAACUCUCUCAUAUCAUUGAUGAAAAACCAGAAUCAAUAGCAUCAGGUAGUUCCGAGGCUCGUGGCGCCGCUCUGAAGGCGACAGAAUAUGUCUUCAACCUCGCUCUACAGACCGAAGAAAAGUCACAGUCUCAUAUUGCCGAUCUCCUCGCAUCCUUCAGUCCGGCAGAAGCACCACAGACCCGCUCACAGGCUCGAGCAAAUGGCAAACGCAAACGCAGCCCGUCUCCCGAAAAACAUACUCUGCAACGGACACCACUCUCUUCACUCUUCGUCGACGGCAUGGGAGAGGAGCAACUUUGGGCUCAGCUCGAACUGAGGUCUCAAAACAUCUGUCAAAUCUUAGCCCAGGCGUUGGAAGGAGCCGGUGAGGACGAUGAGGCGGAUAUGAUGAGCGAGGCGUCGAAGAAAUUACGCCUGGAGGAUGAUGAUGAGGAGGAAGAGGAUGAGGACGAAUUGUUGAAUGUAUUUCGAGGGCAGACGGGCGAUGACGACGACGAUGAGGACUCGGAGGAGGAUGAAGAAGACAGCGAUUCGGGCGACGAUCCAGCGGACCUAGGGGAAAACGUAGAGGCUUUGCGAGACCCUUCAUCAGAGGCCGAAGAGGCCGAAGACGAUGAAGUCAGCAUUGACACUCUAGAGAAGGACUCGCGUAGGGGAGGGGUGUCGUUACCCAAACGAAGGCGAGGAGGACAUUCGGUGUUGGACGAUGGUUUUUUCGACUUGGCAGAAUUCAAUGCAGAGACGGAACAAGCAGAGGCCAAGUCAUCAUCGAAGGGGCGCCUAGCCGACGAAGAUGAAGAUGAAGACGACGAAACCGAGUCCGUCGAUUUAUUCGCCUCCGUAGAUGAUGCCGCAACAUUUGACGAGGAUGACUUAGAGAGUUCUGGCGAGGCCUACUACAGAGACUUUUUUGUACCUCCACGGGCACUGCCCUCAAAACCCAAACCAACUGCUGCCGUCGCUGCCGUCGCUCCUACCCGCUCAACAAAGGUCCGCUUCCACGAAGAAGUCAGAGUCAAGAAAAUCAAAGCAAGAGGUCGAAGCAUGCCUGUCACGUCCGCACGGUUACGCGGUAACACGGUUGAUGAGGAUGAUGAUGAGGACGGUGACGAGGAUUCUGAAGGGCUCAUGGAAGAGGAUGAGAGUUCGGAGGAUGACGAUGGCGAAGGGGAACAGGAAGAUGACGAUGAACUCCGCCAACAUCCUGGAAGUACGCUAGGUUGGCCUGGCAUGAGCGAAGAUGAGGACGAGGAGGGGAGUGAGGACGAGGACAUGGAUGAGGAGGGCAAUUUCGACGGGCGGGAGACGAUGGACCGUCUAGAGAAUGAUCUUUUCGCAGAAGAUGAAGAGACUCACGAUGAUCUCACCACACAUCAAAAGCGUAUGCAGGCGCUCCAGGAGCAAAUUACUGAGCUUGAAGCUGAAAACAUCGCAAAGAAAGACUGGACACUCAUGGGCGAGGCUACCUCUCGUUCGAGACCGCAGAACUCUCUCCUCGAGGAAGACCUAGAAUUCGAGCGCGUCAUGAAAGCGGUCCCCGUGGUCACAGAGGAGGUUGUACAGAGCUUGGAAGAGCGCAUCAAAGCCCGAAUCCUGGAGAAUCAGUUCGACGACGUCGUCCGCCGGCGUGCCGUGGACGACAAGCCUUUCUUGCCUUCGCGAUUCUUCGAGCUAAAAGACACGAAAUCGACACAGUCCUUGGCCCAGAUCUACGAGGACGAGUAUACGGCCACCCAGACAGGGGGUGUGGCCGGCGAAGAUCGCGAUGGAAAGCUCAAAAAGGAACAUGAUGAGUUGGAGACAAUCUGGGACGGUAUUUGUGCAAAGCUCGACGCUCUCUCGAACACCCAUUUCACUCCGAAGCCCCCUAAAGCUACGAUCACGACGGUGUCAAAUGUCGCAUCGGCUAGCCUUGAAUCUGCUCUCCCUACCGCCAAGUCUGCGACGACUAUGCUUGCUCCAGAGGAAAUCUUUGCGCCUUCGUCCGCAGAGGCUCGGGCGCGGGGUGAGCUUACACCCGUAGAGAAACGCGCUCUUCGGAACAAGAAGAAGAAGGCCUACAAGAAAGCGCGAGACUCAUUAGACCAGAGUGUUGACAAGUACGCUAAACCGAAGGGUAUGAAGGGUAUCAAAGCCCAGAAGGAGGCUGCUUUGAAGAGUGUGGUGAAGAGUGGGAAGGGUGUCACGAUUGUAGGGAAGAAAAGUACGGACGACAAGAAGGAUCGGAAGAAGGCCUGACGAUUCUCUGAUUCUCACUUGCUGCCCAUCGCAUCCUAGGGAUCCCUUGUAUCAUUUGCUAGAUAAGAUUAACAUUUAGUCGAUGUCUUCCACAUCUUUA